AUGGAGGAGGAGGCCCGAGCCGCGUUCGAGCAGCGGAUUGUGGAAGAACUGACCUGGGCACGGACGAGGCCAGUCGAGCUCAUCGAUGCCUUGCGAGAGCGGCUGAAGCACUACAAGGGCAAGGAUUGCUAUCCACCAGAGCGUGCAGGUCAGUGCGUGGUGACCAAGGAAGGCGCUGCCGUCGUCCGAGAAGCCAUCGACUAUGUGACAAGCUUGGAAACCUUGGGGGGUGUUGGGACGGCUUCGCAACCAGGCCUGGCGAUGGCCGGUGAAGAUCACGUCCAUGAUAUUGGCCAGACAGGAACGGCCUCGCACACCUCCUCCGAUGGCACGAACGCUGCAGACCGUGCCCGCCGCUACGGAAACUUCGAACUCUUCGGGGAGUGUCUAUGGUACGGGUCGGAUCGUGCCGACGCCCGCUGCGUGGUCUUGGACCUCAUCAUCGACGAUGGCGUGCCAAGCCGAGGUCAUCGACUCGGCGUUCUCGACCCGCGCUACGACACAGUGGGCGUAUCAUAUGGGUCGCACUGCACAUUCGGCCGUUUGGCCGCUCUGGAGUUCGCCCGCGGCUGGGAGCCGGAUGAGCUAGCCAUGAGCGAUCGGCGGAAAGCCGGGCCUCAUCGAAUCAGCCCGGAGGUCAUGGCAGCUGCGAAGGCGAAGGCGGAGACUGCCUGGAGCCUGGG